GCUGUCAAGUAACGAAGUACAAAUACUUCGUUACCUUACUUAAGUAGAUAUUUUGGUUAUCUAUACUUUACUGGAGUAAUUAUUUUUUGGACCACUUUUUACUUCUACUCCUUACAUUUUCAUGUAAUUAUCUGUACUUUCUACUCCUUACAUUUUAAAAAUUGCCUCGUUACUUCAUUUCGACUUGUUUUUAUUCCGGCUAUCCAGAUAAAAUCCGCCAUCCGAAUAGAAUUAAUUUAAUUGUGGUUGGAUGAGAAGUCUCAACGUGACACCAUUCCUAUACCCCAUUGGUUUCAAAGCGAUGCAACGCGCUUGCGCAUUACACACCCGCACACCGGAGCAGAAUGUAGAAGCGUUAAUACAGUAAAUGGUGGAAGAGAAAAUGUCCAUGGCGGCAGACGAGGAGCUUUCCCAACCAAGCACCAGUGAGGAGGGUGCAGGCAAGGAAGACCAACCAACCCUUGUUCAUCCCUGGCCUUAUCUGGAGGAUUUUUUUGAUAUAACAGGAUGCAAAAACAACUCUUUUCGCAUGCAAUGCAAACUGUGCGCACCGAAGUACCACGAGCUAAUGGCUUUCAAAAACUCACCAUCAAAUUUAAAGAAGCAUAUUGAGAAGAAACACCCUACUCAUCUGGAGAGGUACAAGCAACUCACUUCAGCAUCCCUCAAAAGGAAGACAUCAGCUGAAGAUUCUUUGGCCCCACCCUCCAAACAAACCAAGCUGUGGGAGACUCGUAAAGUUUCCCAGGCAAGUGUGGACAAAUUAGUUCUCAAAUUCAUUGUCCAAGGCUUGCACCCACCGCACAUUGUUCAGCAACAGGGCUUCACUGAUCUUGUGAAACAUCUUCAGCCAAAUACAAAUGUCAUGACACGCAAUACUGUUGUCAACAAAGUCACAAAUGCCGCUGUUGAAAUGAAAAGCAAACUGAAAGCGGCCCUUAGUGAAAUUGAGUUCAUAGCAACAACAACAGACUGCUGGACAGCACACUGUCGCAGUUUCAUUGGUGUCACAGCGCACUGGUUUAACUCCCAGACCAUGCAGAGAUUCUGUGCUGCCCUGGGAUGCAAGCAACUUAAAGGGUCACACACAUUUUCUGCACUGGCUAGUGCCCUAAAUGAAAUUCACACAGAAUUCAAUAUCAGAGACAAGAUCAUUCGCACUACAACUGACAAUGGAUCGAACUUCCUGAAAGCCUUCAGAGUUUAUGGGAAGACUGACAAGAACAACAAUCCUGAACCUGUAGGAGAGCGUGCUGAAGAAGAGGACGAUGGUGGCCAAAAUGAUGAUACUGAUGAAGAAGAAGAAAACAUUGAGGGUGUUGAAUUUGUUGAUACUGGAGCCCUUUUGGACAAAGAUGACUACUUGGAAUAUCAACUACCCAAGCACCAUCGCUGCGCCUGCCACCUCCUCAAUCUGGUGUCCACAGUUGAUGCUUCAAAAGCAGAGGACAACCCAUUGUACAAGCGCAUAUCAAGGUCCACAUUUGCCAAAUGCUCUAGCCUGUGGAACAAAAGUUCAAGAACAACCAUCGCAUCUGAAGUGAUUAACCCUUUAAGCUUCAGUCAAUUCCAGCCGUUUUCAGUACAAAAAAAUCGCUAAUAUUCUAUUUUUAAAUAAAAAAAAUUACGAAAAAUACGGGGAAUAUUGAACGUGCAUCGGGAGGUGCAUUUCCUUGAAAACGACCGAUUCGGGGAUUU